AUGGCAUCUGAUCUCUCAUCCAACUGCGAGUGUUCUACCUGUCUGGAGCGUGCUGAAAAUGAGUCUGAUUGGAGCUGCUCUUCCAAAAGUAACAAUUAUAGUUUGUUAUAUUCAAGACCAAGGAAAACAUCCAGAAGACACUCCUUCCUUUCUCAGUGUUGUCCCAGCAGACCGGAAGUCAAUAACAAAGAAGAAUCAGUGUUUCUUCCCUCAGGAGAUGAAAAUUAUGUAGGAUUUUCUCAAAACAAUCAUAUUAGUCCUAACUCUAAGGAUAUCACAAAGAACAGCCUGCCAUUUAAGGAACUGACUAUACAAGAGUUACUUAAGCAUUUUGCAGAUAUUGGGAAGUUUCAAUCAAACUCCACCUCCCUGGGCCACUUUAGAGAUCAGGUAGUUAUGAAGUUUAGAAGAGCUCUGUACUAUUCUGGAGUUUGGGUAACACAUGUCCGGGGCUACAGAGUUGAAAAGCAUUUUUCAGCUAAAUAUUUCAAAAGAAACCCUAAUAGCCUACAUCGAUUGAUUCCCUGGCUCAAACGAGAACUCACGGCUGUGUAUGGAGAUUAUGGUUAUACUGUGAAGAAUAUUCUAGCUGCCAUUCUCCAUCACAUGACAGAAUAUGAUUUAGACAGUGAGUCUUUUAUUCAUCUUCUGGAACCUUAUCUCCUACAAUACACCCACCAUUUCUUGCACGAAUUUAUCAGCUUUGUUCAUUCUCCUUACAACAUGGAGACUUAUGACCAACGGGCCAUCUAUGAAUGCCCUGCCCAUGUACCGUUAGCCAAAAAGAGGUUGACUGUAUCAGCUCCUAUUUUGCCACUGCCUAAGGAUCAGGUUGUAACAAUAUCUCAAAAUGAUGCAAAGCAGUCUGAGAACAUGAUGGCCCACUGGGAAAAUGAGGAGAGGCCUCCAUCAGGAUGGAAAAAGUUUCCCAAUGGCAAUGCUUCCAGGAAAGAAUCAGAAAUUUCACCGGUCCAUCAUAAAACAGCCAGCAAAGCUCAUGUUUGGAUCAAAGACAAACAAGAAUUGGGUCAUCAAAGAGGCAUAAUUUCUACUGACAAUAUGCUCCUGAGUUGGACUAGUCCAAGAAAAAGAGACCCAAACAUACCAAAGCACAAAAAUGGAGUGCAAGAGAAAAAGACACAGGGGGUAAAGUUGCUUCCUGGUUAUGAACAUGAUCUGAGAAGGAGUGAAAUCAUUACAAGUACCUGCAGUACUCCAGUAAUUCCGAGUGGGGACCAAGCAUGGAAAUACAGACCAGGAGAAAUAAACAUUUUCAGCAGUGGUCAACAGAUAAACCUCCGGGAAGAUGAAGGGAAAAAAAACAAAUACUUGGAUACUUCAGCUGAAAAUUUUCAAAGACCACCCAGAGCAAGAUCUUUAGUAACUUGGCAUGCUCGAGACCCUUCCAGGAGUUGCACCUCAGAAAAUACCAUUUCUUCUAAAAUAGAUGGCAUAAAGCUAAGUUCCCUCAGGAAAAGAAGGAUGAAAUGUGGACAGUCCUCUCAAUUUGUAGGAGAUGGUUCUCAUUCCAAUAGGAGCACCCAGAGACGAGCAAGGUCCUGUACUCGCAGAUCUAAAUCUUGGUGUGCUGGUGCUAGAAGGAGAUCAUUCAGCAGAGAAGCAAGGAGUCACGUUCCAAGAGGAAACCACAGUAACAGAGAAUCCAAUAAGAAGAUAUGUGAUGAAUCCUUAGAAGAAAAGAAUACAUAUGGCAAUGAAUCAAACUUUGGGUGGAAAUCUUCAGUCCAACAUGGGAAGAUUUCUUCAGCUGCUGGGGACAGACCCAAAUGUCUUUCUAAAGCUGAAGGUACCUCCCAAAUUGGAACACACUAUAGCAGUCUCAGGUGCCACAAUGAGAAUCAUACAUUCCCAAAUAAACAAAUGAUGAAGCAAAAAGCCACAUUUCCUUGGGCUAGAAGAACCAGAGGAGUUAAGCAUGGAAGACACAAAUGCAAGUAUCCAGAUGCACAAAACACAGAAGUGGUCAGUGAUGAAUUGAGUUUGGAUGAUAUAAAGCAAAUGAAUAAUCUCUCUGAUUGUAUAUCAUCCUAUAAGAGGCAAAUUUCAACAAAAAAGAACUCAAAUUUCCAGAAAAGUCUCCAAGCCAAGACCAACCGUGCAAGAAACUAGUAUCAGAAACAGAAAUGUAAAUGGUUUCAAAAGCCAAAUUAUCCUAUCUCAAUACCAACAAUUUUUAGAAGUAUGAAUUUAUCUAAAAAUGUUC